AUGAAGGAACAUCUGCGGCAGAAAACCCAAGAAGCCAGAAUGAUCUUCGAUAGAGUGGGUGCUGCCACACGCACUGGUCUUCUUGCCAGCAUUCUCUGGGCUUGGCAGUGCUCCGUCACGGAGGGCCGGAAGCUGCAAGGCAUCCAAAACCAAGUGAUGGAAGCAUCGCAAGAGGUGGAUGGUCUGAAAAUGCGUCAAAGCACUGCCAUCUGCAAUGUACAAAUGCGGACCCAGAAACUGAUGGACAGCAGCUUGGUCAUCAGCGUGAUCAGCGCUUGGUCCCGAGAAACCAAGGAGAACCACCUGGAGAAGUUCUAUUCCAACAAAGUGGACAGCAAACGACAAGGGGAGUCCUAUGGGGAGCCAGACUUCAUUACCAAUUACUACGGCCUGCUCCAUUCCCUCUGUGUGCACCUUUGGGAUCAUGAAGACAUGGGGGGUCUUAUCGAGACGGAUGACAACUUUGAGAUCAUCGCCUCCACUCUCAAGUCCAUCUACGAUCAGACGUGCCGAAGCUGUGGCCUCAUCAACCGCAUGAUCAUCUACAUGCCCAGGGAGGGCAAUGUGUUGACGUCGCCGACAGCUCCAUACUGUGUCCCGUUGGGUGGAGGUCCUUUGAACUUCUCCUGUGCUCGACCGUCCCUCGUGGAUACGGGGGCGGCCGCGGCAGGCAAAACUGCUCGGUGGAUAUUGGGAUGA